AAAAUGGAUGCAAAUAAGCCUGAAAAAGUUAAAAGUGGGUUAUGUGAAGACCAAAAAGGCAACAACGAAGACUUUUGCAAACACAGACACACACACACUCUCUCUCUCUAAAAUUUCUCUCUCUAAUUAUCUGACUUGCCGCCGACCCUCAAAAGCCACUCUUCCUCCAGUCGGCGUGGUUCUGAACGGCGCCGCCGCAGCAGAAUCAAGCUGAAAUAUUUCGCUGUCUAACGCGUUCGAACAUGCCACCGCGCGUAGGUAGAUUUCAACCUUAGUAAUUUUGGUCAAAAUCUAAACAUAAAAUGGUCUUUGUUCCCAAACCAUUUCGGUAGACAUACAAUUUUCAACAACUUCACAGCAAUCCCCACCGGAGGUGAUUAUGCGGGAACAUUUGGACCUCAAUUUACUGAAUUUCUGUAGCUGAAAUUGGACUCAGCCUGAUAAACAAAUAGGAAAUUUUUGGAGGGCUCAAGUUUGUUCAGCACGAAUGCCCUUGAAGAUUAAUAGAAUCUUUAUUUUCCUGGUUUAGAGAAAUCUUAGCGCCAUGAAUGAGUCGGCAGCUUCUGGCGACUCUUCUUCAGGUAAUCAAACAACCCCUCCAAAACCAACUGCAAAGAAGAAACGGAAUCUGCCUGGAAUGCCAGAUCCUGACGCCGAGGUGAUUGCCCUAUCGCCGAAGACGUUGAUGGCGACGAAUAGAUUUGUGUGCGAAAUCUGCAACAAAGGUUUCCAAAGGGAUCAGAAUCUGCAGCUGCAUCGGAGGGGUCACAAUCUGCCAUGGAAGCUGCGGCAGAGAUCGAGUAAGGAUGUGAAGAAGCGCGUGUACGUUUGCCCCGAGCCGAGCUGCGUUCACCACGAGCCGUCGCGGGCGCUGGGCGAUCUCACCGGGAUCAAGAAGCAUUUCUGCAGGAAGCACGGCGAGAAGAAGUGGAAAUGCGACAAAUGCUCCAAGAAAUAUGCCGUUCAAUCCGACUGGAAGGCGCAUUCCAAGAUUUGCGGAACGAGAGAGUACAAAUGCCAAUGUGGAACCGUGUUUUCGAGGAGGGAUAGUUAUAUCACGCACAGGGCAUUUUGUGAUGCUUUGGCAGAUGAAAGCGCCAAAGCUCCCUCAGCAACUGAGCCUGCUGCUGAUGCGGAUCAAGAUCUUGAAGCUGGAGUAUCCUCGCUGCCACCACCGCCACCUGAAGAAGAUCCUUCUCCUCCAGCUGAUGUUGCCCCCAGCAUACUGCCUGAUAACAGCAAUGAUAAUAAUAGUGAUCAUGUGACGGAGUUGCUGGAUAGCACCACCGCCAAUCCCAGUAGCAGCCAGAUUUUAGAAGAGCUGCCUAAUGUCACAAGUUUGGCCGCGAGAUGCAGCAGUAGCAGUUGUUCCGGUAGUAGCGGGAGCUCGAGCAGUAACGUAUUCGCCAGCCUGUUUGCUUCAUCCACAUCUUCAGCAAGUUUGCAGCCGCAAACAACUGGAUUUACCGACUUAUUUCAGUCUAUUGCUCGUCCUGAUUAUACACCUGAUGUCGUGCCCUCUUCAUCUUCAGAACCUGUAGCUCUCUGCCUUGCUGUGAAUCAAGGCUCAUCAAUCUUCGGGAAAGCAGGGCAGGAGCGUAGGCAAUACCCUCCAGCACCACAACCUGCUCUCUCAGCAACAGCAUUGCUGCAGAAGGCUGCUCAGAUUGGCGCUGCUGCAUCAAACGCGUCACUGCUGAGGGGUCUUGGGAUAGUUUCGUCUUCCUCAUCUCCAAAUGCUAGCGAAGAGUGGAGUCAGCAGAAAAUGGAGACGAGUGGGGGAUCAUUAGCAUCUGGGCUUGGCCUCGGACUAGGCUGUGAUAGUGGGUCUGGUUUGAAGGAAUUGAUGUUGGGAACUCCAUCUGUUUUCGGCCCUAAGCACACUACUCUGGACCUUCUGGGGCUGGGGAUGGCUGCUAGCGGUGGCUCAACGGGCGGGCUAUCAGCUUUGAUGAGUUCCGUUAAUGGUGGUCUCGACGUUUCUGCAGCAGCGCAGCCAUUUGAUGGAAGAGAAUAUGGUAACCAAGAGAUGGGGAGAAGCUUGUGAAUCCAUAGACUCCAGUUUUGGGCUUUAAACUUGUCUGGUUGAAGGUUUGCUAUCCACAUUUAUCUUUCACUGCAGAAAUGCUAGUAGUAGUUGUGAUAUGUGAUUAUAUAAUUCAGAUAUGUAAUUUUACUCAAGUAGAACAGUAUGUUGGGAUAGUCAAUUAUAUAAAUAAUUAGAAGUUGAAUUAUUUAGUUUA